UAUCAUAAACUUAAAGGGGGGAAAAAUCGCCGGAUCAUCCUCGCCGUCAAAUCCACGCCGCCGUCUCUCCGUCGUGACUCCGCCGUAUCUUUUUGUUUAGCCUCGUCGGUACUUUCCUGGAACUUUUUUCGGAUGCAAUGACAAGUGAGACAUCGAAGAAGAAGGGUCCUCUUCAGAUUUUCAAAUUGGACACAGCUUCUAAACUUGCUGAGCAAUGGAUCAAGGAUAUGUCAAAGCCUGCAGAAGAUGAACAGACCGUAACAGAACAGGCUCGACCUCAUAGGCUUGGUCUUGGUGCAAAAGUGUCGAAGCAAACGAAACGCCGACCUUCAGACAAUCCACUCGACCAGAAGCUACAAGGCAAGUUGGAUGCGGGGAGAAGAAAACACGCGAAAACUGUUGCGGAGUCUAUGCCAUUUUCCAACAAGAACACCGGUCAUGACAGCGAUGAUGAUGAUGAUGAAUCAGAAAGCAAAAGCCGAGCAUUUGGCAAGAAGAAAGCGGUUCCUCAAGCCUCACCAUUGCAGGCCAAGAAGAAGAAAUAGGAAUGCAACCAUCUUCUUGUAUCAUACCAAAUGAAAUUAUCAUAUAACCCAUUGUUGGCCCUGGUUUCAUCAUCUUUUAUAACUAACCAAAGUUUUGAUCUCUUUUAUAAAUUCAAGCAUAGUUUCAAUAAUGGUAGCUACAA